CUUCUACAACUUGACUUCGUAGGGAUCGUCAAACAAAUCUAUCGCCAUCAAUGGAUUUUCAGGAAAUUGUGUGAGACGAAUCUUAAGUAGGAAUAUUUGGGUCGAGCAUCAUUCGCGUCGGCGGUGUAUAUCCACCUAUAAAAAGGCCAGUCUUCAUUGCCUAAACAUCAUCCUCGCAAUUCCUAAAAACACUAUUUUACCAAAAUUUUGUUGUGUUCAGCCCUUUAUUUUGUUUUCAUUGAGUUUAUGUUAUUGAUUUGGCGGCCGGGCGCGAGAAUAUAGAGAUUGAAUUCUUCUUCUCAAUUUGAUAAUCUUGCAAACUAUGAUUCUGAUGUCUCAGAGGUACUGAUAAAGAAGAUCGCCAAAGGUUUCCACACAGUUAAAAAGAGAGAUAAAGAUGUGAAGGUGUUGUAGCGGGUGGUGACGAUUGGUUGCCUUUGCCGCCAAAGGUUGUCUUCGAUAAAAGCAAAAGAGUCCGGUGAAGAUUCUACCAUUAAAGCUUUGAGGUAGUUGUGUAUGUCUUGAGUAUUUGUUUCAUCUACGUGAAUUCCCAUGUUGCUAUUGGAAGCUAUGGUUUGAACACUGCUAUCUUUAAAUUUUAAUGUGCCUUCCUUGAUGAUAUCAUCCAAAGAGUUUCUUUGUCACGCUUGGUUCUGAAGUUUUGAAUUGAAAUAUGCAAUGUAUUAGAAACUAUGGUAUCGUAUGUUGGUACUUCCUAUGAUGCCAUUAGAAGCUACUGUUUUUUUUUUCCUCCAACAUUAUAUAUCUCUUGGUUGAUCUCACUUUCACAUGAAGCAAUAGGUUUGGACACUGCUAAUUGUUAUUUGUUAAUUCUUCUUUGAUGAUAUCGCCCAAAGAAUCCCUAUUAUUACGUUUUGAUUCUCAAGUUCUGAACUGAAACAUGCACUGCAAGUAGAAGAAGAUGGAUCUCAUGUCAUUCACAAAGACUGUAGUAGAUGUGCUGCAUGAAGCAGAGCGCUUAUGGUGGCCAAAGCUGGGAGCAACCGUCCUGCUAUUUCAGGCUUCAACAGUCCCUCUCUCCUUCAUGUUGAGCUACGCAGAGGUUCAUCCAUGUGUCAUGCAAAGAAGCCUUACAGAUUACAAGGCUCUGUUUUUCGAAAUUGAUUUUUCAACUAUUGUAAGUGGAAAUUAUAUUUUGUGGAAGCCGAGCCCAAGAGAAACCCCAGACGAAGUUGCAGCAAGAGAUGCAUGGUGUCUUGAGCUCUAUAAAGAAAGAGUUGUCUAUACAGUGAGAGACCUUAACGCACAAACCUGAAGAAAUGCAUUAACUGUUUGCUAAUGAAACUAUGUAACAUUUUUCAGCUUCAAAAAAAAAUAUGGUAGAACAGAAGAUCAAUAUUAUAGUCUCUAAGACACGUGCAUAAAAGUAUUUUUUUUAAUUGAUUAUUUUUU